AUGUCUGCCGUGGAAGUCGAGUUCACGAAACCAAGCUCUACCCAACAUCACAACCCAGCAGCCACGCACUUUAUCGAAACCCAAUAUCACAGCCUAACAGCCACGCACUUCAUCCAAGACAACUCGCACCAGUAUCGUCUUCAUUCGACAUCUCAAUCCAGCGCACGGAAAUCCGUCGAUUCUUCAUUCGCUCUGCGAAAGCCACCUCUACGCAAGUUUCCAUCAAACUUGUUACCCCCCACCACCAUGUUGGCCUACAACAGCGUAUUGAAGAUCGCCCUGCUGGCGUUGGCGGCAACGCAGGCGAUGGCGAACGGGAAAUGGGACAUCUGGUUCAAGAAAGGUGGCGAUGUGUGGGGUGGUUUUGGGAAGCUAGGCGAGGUUAACUGCGCCGACCUGAAGCAGAUGGGUGUUGUGCCUGGGGACAGCCAGCCCGACACUGUGCAAGUCCUCGCCAAUCAGUAUACCGUCGAGUUAUACGAUGACGACUAUCAUUGCAAAGAAAAAUCUGGACCGCUAUUAUUGCAUAAAUCGGGAGAGCACGAGUACGAGUGGCCUCCGAACGCCAAGUACCUCAAAGCGACGAAGACAUAG